AUCGAUUGAUCGAUUGCAAGGUGAACUGGUAAACUGGUUUAGUGGUUUUGUUGUAAAUUGUCUCGUCUCUUUUCAUCCGACUUGUCAUUUACGUUUCCCGAACGAAAGAAUGGCAUCCCGCGCAUUACUGCGGCAAUGUGCGAUUGGAAUUAAUAAGAACAAUCUUGGAUGGAACAGGUUAUUUUCGAGUAAAAGUGCAGAAAUAGAAAAGAAACCAGACUUGGCACAGCGUAAGAAUCUUCAAGAGACUUUACUAUCACAAGAAGAGGCUAAAUAUUUGCAAGCUUUGAAGAGUCCAAUUACUGUAACUGACGAAGAUGUAGGAUAUGUAUCUGGUGUUCCUGAGGAACACAUUAAAACACGCAGAGUGCGGAUUUAUCAGCCUGCCAAGAGUGCCACACAAUCUGGAACAAAUAAUAUUCACUUUUGGCAGAUGGAUUUUGACACACGUGAACGCUGGGAAAAUCCAUUGAUGGGAUGGACUUCCAGUGGAGAUCCCAUGUCAAACAUUCAAGUUAAUUUUGCAACCAAGGAGGAGGCAAUCGCACAUUGCAAGAAAAUGGGUUGGGAUUAUUAUGUGCAGAAGCCAAAUCUUAAUGCACCAAAAUCUCGCAGUUAUGGAACAAAUUUCUCUUGGGAUAAACGUACUAGAGUUUCGACUAAAUAAUAGGCUUCAUCAAGCUAAUCAUUUGUAACUUUAUGCGAUAGCAAUGAUGAGCGUCACUAAUUGUAGUUAUCCAUGAUAAAAAUUCUUGCAAUAAAUAUGUAUGAUAAUGCAAAUAAAUGUAUAUAUUUAAGAUGUA